CUAUAAAACCAAAGCCGACUGAUUUCUGUGGGAAUGCGGGACAGCUGACAGCUCAAUUCUACAGCAAUGGCUUCUCUUCUAUCUCUACCCACCAUAUCCCUUCCUCAACCAAGGUUACGUUUCCCGAAAAUGACCAUAAAACCUCGGGCUGUUCUCAGUAGAGCUCAGAAGAUGCGGGUCCCCUACGAGUUGAAGCAGGGGCAGACCCGUCUUUUCCAUCAGCUUCCUUCUGGUCUGAACAUGGAGGCCAUUUUGCAGAAGGCUGUUGUAGACAAGGACCCAAAUGAGAAAAUGGAGAGAAACAUUGAAAAUCAAUCUUUGGUAUUUGUCCAUGGAAGCUACCACGCUGCUUGGUGCUGGGCUGAACACUGGCUUCCCUUCUUUUCAGGUUGUGGGUUUGAUUGCUAUGCCAUAAGCUUGUUGGGUCAGGGUGAAAGUGAUGCACCUGUUGGUUCUGUCGCUGGCACUCUCCAGACACAUGCUGGUGAUAUUGCUGAUUUCAUCAGGACUAGAGUAUCAUCACCACCAGUGUUGCUUGGACAUUCAUUUGGAGGGCUUAUCAUUCAGUAUUACAUUGCAAAUCUGAAGAAAAACCAGGCUUUGGAAAUGGAAACCUUUUACCCCAAGCUUGCAGGAGCUGCUCUUGUCUGCUCUGUACCUCCUUCGGGCAAUAGUGGGUUAGUGUGGCGGUAUAUCUUUUCAAAGCCUAUUGCUGCUUUUAAGGUAACACGCAGCUUAGCAGCAAAAGCUUUCCAAACUUCUCUCCCCCUUUGCAAGGAGACUUUUUUCUCUUCAACAAUGGAGGAUCAUCUGGUUCUACGUUACCAGGAGCUAAUGAGAGAGAGUUCAAGGAUGCCAUUGUUUGAUCUGAGGAAGCUGAAUGCUGCACUUCCAGUUCCUUCAGUGCCAAAAGGUUCCAUUGAUGUUCUUGUGUUGGGUGCAACUGAUGACUUCAUUGUGGAUGCUGAAGGUCUCAGAGAAACAGGCCGGUUUUAUGGCGUGUCACCAGUCAGUGUUGAAGGGAUGGCCCAUGACAUGAUGUUGGAUUGUUCAUGGGAAAAAGGUGCAAAAGCUAUACUAUCAUGGUUAACUGCUUUGAGAAAAUAGGACCCAUAUGAGUAGGAAACGAAAACUUCCAAGCUCACCAACCAUUUUGGUCAGAAUACUACAUUCAGCUUCCUUCCUUGAGUAGCUCAAGUCAAGUCAAGUAGCUGUAUUACAUCUCUAAAGUGUUUCAAUUUUCAGAUGUUUGCCCCUUUUGGCUUUUGUUACGUUGGAAAAAGAUAAGAAUUCCGGGUGUUUGGGGUGUGCUGCACCAUUAUUAGAAAAUUGAGCAAACUUAAAUCUUUCCUUUCUCGGUGGCAUUUGUUAAGGAGCGAGUGGGAAUGAAUGUAUGUAUGUUUGUCUUGGAAUUCUAUGGCAGAAUGAAAUGCUCCAUCAUUGUCA